AUGUGCGAUACCCAUCCAACUAGUUCGAGACUUUGCUCCCGUACUUUCAACGUUCAGAAUCGCUACUUGACUGCAUCCAAUAAUUCAAUCACUUUCAACGCGCAAACUACUCAAGUUCCUCGUAUAACUCCUGUAACAGUGAACAUUAAUAAUAAUACAUACCCAAUUGACGAAUAUACAAAUGUUACGGAAAACAUUUUAUCGAAAACAACGCGCAAGUUACAUCUUCAAGUUGGUCAUCCUAUCCAUACGCUUCGCACAUUAAUCGAACAGCAUUUU